UGAUCUUCUGCGACCGCGGGGCAACCCUGCCACAGAUAAUUAAACUCCCUGUCGGACCUCCGCGCUAGCCAGAAUAGCAGGGGUACCCGGCCCAGAUCCAGGGGUGCUGCCGCGGUAGCCUCCAAAUCUUUUUGCCAUCCACCUGCCAGGCCUGCACCAUGACCGACACUUUUUAGACCCCGCGACGUCAUCUCCAACAAUCUGGGCAGCCAACAUCUUCACUGGAAUUGCCCUCCUUGGUUGUUAACAGGACAGUAUUUCUGAGGCUCUAGAAUGGCCGAUAGAAAGCCCGACAACAUCCCCUCCGACCUCGUCAAAGUCGGCACCUUAACAGAACCCCGCGACAACGCCACCACCACCGCGAUGCCUUCCCUCACCGGAAACCAGUCCUCCUCUUCCUCCGAUGACCCUCCCCCUCCGCUCCCGAAGAUCCUAGACCAGCCCACCCAGGCCGAGGACCUCGCCCUCGAGAACUGGAUCAAGCGCAACACAUCCUACAUCUCCACCAUCCCCUGGCACAGGUACGCCCAGAUGCCCGUGCUCUCCUGGCUGUGGGGCUACCCCGACGCCGACUUCCGCCACGACUGCGUCUCCAGCUACAUGUUCUACACGCGCGCCGUCCGCCGCAAGCUGACCGACGACGAGCGCGACGGCGUCCUCGAGCCCGCCGCCCGCUCCGCCGCCGCCGCGAGCUACGACCGCCCCAUCGCGACGGGGCUGGGCGCCUGGCUCAUGUCCCGGAGCUGGGCCAAGAGCGGCACCAGGGAGGCCGUCCGGAGGGCGGCGGAGGAGGCUGCUGCCGCCACCGCAACCGCAGGCGCUUCACACCACGGCAUGGGCACCGGGACGGUCGGCGCGGACGGGCACAUCACACACUUCUCCACCCCGCAGCAGCAGCAGCACGCCGGCACCGGCGCGAGGUUUGGGUUCGGCGGUGGCAGCUUCAACAACAUCGGCAGCCGGGGCAGGGCGGUCGGCCAGCUGUUCAGGCGGGCGGGACGGGCGUCCGUGCCAGGCCUGCUGUGCUUCGUGGGGCUGCAGGUGCUCGGCGAGCCGUACCGCCUGUACCUGAGCGACAACGAGGCCUGGACGAUGCACUCUGACAUCCGCCUCAUGGGCCUUUUCGACGACAUGGAGAAGACCAUGGCCGCUAAGGCUGGGGAAAUAGAGGAUCUCCUCCGCCGCAGGGGCUACUGAUGUGGUCGGUUGCAAAGAGCUGUGGAUGGGGCCAAUCAGCUCGGUCUUCAUGGCUAUCGCGUCUUGGUGGCCAUCGCGACGCGAUCGCCUCCCACGGCUUACUACAGGAAGGGCAGCUGGAGUUUGGACACCAAAAAGGGACAGUGGUUUGGUUUUCGGCUUUGAAUAUGUACAAAAAGGGGAAGGAUGGACACCCGGCCGGAAUGUCCAUGAGCAUGCGCGUGCAUUGAGCAUGUGUCACCACCACCACCACCAUCACACUGGAAUGUGUGUUCGGGUGGCACGAGCAAGGGAGAUACCCAGAUGAUAGGCCCAGCAAGGCGUCCAGGAAAUCAAUUUUGCAGAUAGAGCACCUCCAUAUCCAUAGCAGGAGGCAGGGUCACGAACUACCUUUUGGUGACACCUUGUACAGUACAAAAUUCAAGUCACCGGGCAACAGUGGGUGCAUCUAAACA